AUGGCCCCCACGUUCAUGAAGCUUCUCAUGGCCCUCUGUAUGGCAGGGUCCUAUGCCGCUGGUUCAAGUCUUGAGCAGGCCACCAAAGGAGUCAACAUGAAAUCAAGUCCCAAUGUCCUUGUCAAAAAUGCCCCUCUCCAUGCAGUCAAACCUACUGCUGUGACGGCCACGCAACUUGUGGCAGUAACGACAAUGGAGGCUGCGGUUGUCUCUCAACUUAGAUCACAAGACCAACCUGCUACCCGAUGA